UUCCGCCAUUUUGUUCUACGGUUGAUAAACAUUGCGGAUCGAAUAUGUUGCGGCAUUUUUUGCCGGCUAUCCCCACGAGCUAGCAUAGCGAUCAUGAAGAUAGCUAUUAGCACCAGUUUUGUUUAUUUGGUGUGUCUUCUAAGAGAGAUUGUAGAGCCUGCAGGCUUGUCCGAUCAGUGUUUUUGCAAGCUUAAAGGAAAGGUUGAACAGUGUUGUUGUGAUGUAGAGACAGUGGACAAGAUCAACAACAAAAUUCACCCAAUAUUGGAUGAACUUGUCAAGAGGAACUAUUUUAAAUUCUUUAGGGUUAAGCUUGAUAGACCAUGUCCAUUUUGGACUAACAAUGAUGUAUGUGCAAUAAGGCACUGCUCUGUAUUACCAUGCAAAGAGGAAGAAGUUCCUGUUGGGAUUAAAGCUGAGGCAAGCCGUAAGGCUGUUAGAAAUGCAAGUACUAAAUACAGCAAAGUGCAAAAUGGUAAAAAUGAAAAGGGAAAGUAUGGAGAGACAUGCCAGGAAUCAAGCAAUACAACACUUGGUAACUUAGACGACACAAUAAGUGCUAAAGAUAAACUUGCAUUUGAUACAUGGCGUCAGCAUGACAAUGUUGAAGAAAAUUUCUGUGCUCUUGAUGAUGAAUCGACAACAGGUCUUCAGUAUAUUGACCUGCUAAGAAACCCAGAGCAGUACACAGGGUACAAAGGUUUCUCUGCUCAUCGAAUAUGGAACAGCAUUUACCAGGAGAAUUGCUUCAAGCCAAAGAUCCCAUAUAGUAAAGGCUAUAACUACCUGCUCUCUAAAAACAUAGGAGAUUUGUGUCUUGAAAAACGAGUUUUCUACCGUGCCAUCUCUGGGUUACAUGCAAGUAUCAAUAUCCAUUUGUCUGCAAGGUAUCUCUUUUCUGAAACAGCAUUUCAAAAACCCAAAUGGGGGAUGAAUUUGAAAGAAUUCAGAAGUCGAUUUGACUCGGAUGCUACUGCUGGUCAAGGUCCGGAAUGGUUAAAGAAUUUAUACUUCACCUACACUCUGGUACUGCGAGCCAUAACAAAGGCCGCACCUUACUGGGAGACCAUGGAGUUCUACACUGGCGAGUAUGAGGAAGAUGAAUAUGUUCGCAAACUGGUAUUUGACUUGCUGGCAGAGUCAAAAGCUUGUCCAAGUACCUUUGACGAGACUGUACUUUUCAAGGAUCCAGCCACUGCAACAGUCCUUAAGGAGGAAUUCAGGAGCCAUUUUCACAAUGUUUCCCGCAUCAUGGAUUGUGUGGGCUGUGAGAAGUGCAAAGUGUGGGGGAAAUUGCAGGUUCAGGGCCUUGGCACUGCACUCAAGAUCUUGUUCUCUGGACAUGAGUUUGAAAACAUGAAUUUCGGUGGAAAGGCAUUCUACCUGACAAGGUCUGAGAUAGUAUCACUCUUCAACGGAUUCACAAGGCUAUCUAGUAGUAUUCACUACCUGCACAAGUUCAAGGCAAUGGAACAUGAGCACAGAUGAGCGCUUACUUGAACUCCUCAAUGGGGAAAUGACUCUUUGGUCACAUCUUAUUUAUUUAUAUACACAUAGACUUCAGGACAUCUGCCUGUGUUUCGACUUUCUAAAAUCACAAUAAAUUCCAUGUUUCCUAUGUCAGCUAAGACAAACACCAAAACCCUUUACUUGUCUCCGCUGGUAUGGAAAAUGACACUGCUAAAUGAUAAAAAAAUAAUAGAUUGUUAUAUUUAACAGUUUGUUUUUCAGAGGCUCCACACUUUAUAUGGGAAAAUAAGCCCACUUAUAUAAAUUUGAACACUUUUUCAUGGACAUUUUUUGUGGGAUCACUUUAAGGAUUGGAGCUGAUUCAUAAGAGGUGACAAUUUAAUAGUUUGAUAGGUUAGAAAUUUCAAUAGUAUCUUGUAGUAUAGCUGGUCGCUUUAUAGAUUUUUACUCACAGCACCAAGACAAAUUAUUAUAAAAUUGUAAAUAACUGUAAUUAUAAAAUUAAAUGUCACUGCAACCAGGCAGUAAUAAACUGGCACAUCAUCUUGCA